AUGUGCAAGGCCAUGAGCAAAGCAGCGAGCUGGGAGAUGGACGGACUGCGCGGCGACAGCAGCGGCGGCGGCGGCGGUGGCGGCGGCGGCGGCGGCGGCGGCAGCGGAGCCCCCGGGCAGUGCCGUAAUUUUCUCUCCUCGCCCGUUUUCGGGGCGGCGCACACGGGCCGAGCGGCCGCCGCCGCCGCUGCCGCCGCCGCCGCCUCGGGGUUCGCCUACGCCGGCGGAGGGGAGCGCUCGGGGGCGACGGCGAGGCCCGACCCCCCGGCCAAGGACUGCCCGGGCUCCGCCGCGCCGGCCGCCGCCCCCGCGCUCGGCUAUGGGUAUCACUUUGGCAAUGGAUACUAUAGCUGCAGGAUGUCCCACGGGGUUGGGAUACAGCAAAACGCCCUGAAGUCUCCCCCCCAUGCCUCCAUUGGCGGCUUUCCCGUGGAAAAGUACAUGGACGUCUCCAGUCUGACCAGCACGAGUGUCCCUGCCAAUGAAGUCUCCUCCAGGGCGAAGGAAGUGUCCUUCUACCAGGGCUAUACAACCCCCUACCAGCACGUUCCUGGGUACAUAGACAUGGUCUCAACGUUUGGCUCUGGGGAACCGAGACACGAAACAUACAUAUCAAUGGAGGGCUAUCAGUCUUGGACUCUGGCUAAUGGCUGGAAUAGUCAGGUUUACUGUGCCAAAGAUCAGACACAGAGCUCACACUUCUGGAAAUCGUCCUUUCCAGGGGACGUUGCACUAAACCAGCCUGAUAUGUGUGUCUACCGGCGUGGGAGAAAGAAGCGAGUGCCGUACACAAAACUGCAGCUUAAAGAACUCGAGAAUGAAUAUGCCAUUAACAAGUUCAUUAACAAGGACAAGAGGCGAAGGAUAUCCGCAGCCACAAACCUGUCUGAGAGACAAGUUACCAUUUGGUUUCAGAACAGGAGGGUGAAGGAUAAGAAAAUAGUCUCCAAACUGAAAGACAAUGUCUCUUGAUCUAUUAGUUGCGGACAGUGAUGGAUAUAUAAACUCAAUUUACGACCAGCUAAAGACUUUUGGAAAGACUUGAAAAUAUAUUUAAUUUUUUUUUUCUCCUUCCAGCGGUGGCGAAAUUUAGGGAUUUGUUUUCCAUGAAAGUCAGCGUUUUUCUCUCAUUGGAAGGGAGUGUUGACAAAUUUUGAAUUAUAGUUCUGUUUCUUCCUUUUGAAAAAAUAAUAAUAUUAAUAUUAAUUAUAUUUUCUGUUCUUCCCUCUAGGCCAGUAUAAACGAAUUUAAAUAUGUUGAGCGGUUACAGUUAUAACUUUCUUAAAUGCUUAACUCUUUGGGGGGGUUUCUGUAUUUUUUUUUUCUCUGAACAACAACCAGUGCCAAAAAGUGUCAGUUUUGAUUUGGUAUCGUAAACUUAAAAACACGCCGAGUGAAAAAAAAAAAAAAAAAAAUCAAUCGGAAGAUGGAAGGAAGCCGGGGUCCGGACCCGUGGCAGCACCGGGCUGCAGUCAAAACCCGCCGAGCCCACCGGGACAGAAUUGUGAAUUGCGUGGAGGGGUAACGUCUGUAGCCGGAUUUUUAAUUGCUUUUCGAGAGAGGGAGAGUCUCUCUGAGCUGUUGCGGGGCACAACGCAGAGUCCCAGGCACGUAGCACCGCGCUCCCCGCUUCCGCAGGUUUGGGUUUGGCUUUUUGUUUGGGGCUUUUAGUUCUUUUUUUUUUUUUUUUUUUUUUUUUUUUUUUUUUUUUUUUUUUUUUUUUUUGCCACGGUCUCGUUUUCAGUGCAAGGAUUUCAUAUUCCCCGGUUACAAAGGAUCCGUCGGUUCCCGGGAAGGGCCGCUUCGAGCCCGGCUGGGCGCUGCCGGCCGCGGGGGCUGCGCGGCUGGGCGCUCCGCGGAGGCGCAGCUCGGGCACCUCGGGGAAGCUCCUUCGGCGGGUCCGCUGGACCGGGUCGUCCUGCAGCCGGGGGACAGGCCGACGCUGCAGAGGUGUGUAUAAACCUGCGCAGACCUUGUGUAAAAUGCCCGCUCUAGCGCUCUAGCCUGUUUAUCCGGACAAGCACAAGAUUCUUCUCCUUCCUCCCGCCACGGCGCUUAAAAAAAAAAAAAAACAAAAAAAAAACAAAAACCAACCAAAAAAAAACAACAAAAACACAACAAAAAACAACCUCCUGGUCGGAGAAGUGAAGUUCACCGCUAACUUUUAAUUUACAAAAAAUAAACGGGUGUUAAUGACAGAAGCAAUAAAUAAGGAAUUUCAAAAGAUGCCAUAAUUUAUAUAGGCCGAAAGGCUAUGAUUUUGUCGAUUUUUUUUAUUAUUUUAAACCUAGUGUGCAUGUUAUGAUAUACACAGGGUGAUCAGACACGCUAGUCAACUACUAGGAGAGAGAAACGAUAUCCUCUCUGUUAAUGUGCCUCGUCUAAUUAUUAAAAUGUGUGUGUUCCGAACUAGUAUUAUUUAUUAUAAUAUACUAUUGCUCUAAACACUUUGAUUACCAGUGUAUGUGGGUAAGACAUACGGUAAUACUAUUUCUCCAUAAACCAUAUCUUUUUCUUUUCUUGUCUUAAAGUCUGCUUUUACUUUGUGUUGGAAAUAUGGGCUGAACUUCCAAGCUGUUAACGAUGUUGCCAAACUGUUCCCGAACCGUCUUUAAUAAAACGAUUUCUUUUCGAUAUAUAUAAAAAGAGAG